GUGGCAAUGGGGGUGGUAGAAUGUAAUUGACUUUUGAUUGCAUUCCAAGGCCGAGCAAUGAAAACUCACUAAUUUACAGACAAUCUCUUAUACGAAAUAAACACUGUCCGCUCCUUUUCCACUGUUUACACCCGUAAUCUGUGCGUUAUCAUCAGCUGGAGCUAUUCAGGGACCAUUUGCUGAUAACAUGAGUGUAUGAUUACCGCCUGCAGGCCGAGCCGCAUCAACAUUGUUCCCUCAAUCGCUAGCGGUCAGUCGUCGCGGAAUCUCCCACGGAAAAUAGCCGAGAAUAUGUCGAAACGGGUGCUUUCCAUCCAGAGUCAUGUGGUCCAUGGCUACGUGGGCAACAAAGUGGCCACCUAUCCACUGCAGUUGCUUGGCUUCGAUGUGGAUCCAUUGAACUCCGUGCAGUUCUCCAAUCACACAGGCUACAAGACCUUCAAGGGUGCUGUUUCCAACGAGAAAGAAUUGGCCGCAAUAUUUGAGGGACUGGAGCAGAACGAAUUGCUUCCACUCUAUUCACAUCUGCUGACUGGUUACAUCGGGAAUCCUCUGUUCCUUCGCCAGGUGGGCGUCAUUCUGAAGAAACUGCGGGAGGCGAAUCCUGGUCUGGUCUACGUUUGUGAUCCGGUGAUGGGCGACAACGGGGAGCUGUAUGUGCCCAAGGAACUUCUGCCCAUUUACAGGGACGAGAUCAUUCCCCUGGCGGACAUAAUUACCCCAAAUCAGUAUGAGGUGGAACUCCUGACCGAGAAGGAGGUCCGCAGCGAGGAGGCUGUGUGGGAGGCAAUGGAUUGGUUCCACAAGCGAGGCAUAAAAACGGUUGUGAUUUCAAGCAGCGAUCUCGGCCAGCCGGGGGUACUCCGGGCCUUCCUAAGCCAACAGAACGGACCCCGUCUGGCCAUCGAUAUCCCGAAGCAGGGCGGCAAGGAUCUGGUCUUCACAGGCACCGGCGACCUCUUCGCAUCGCUCUUCCUGGCGCACAGCCACGGAUGCGGGGAUGUGGCCACAGCCUUCGAAAAGACCAUCGCCAGUCUGCAGGCUGUCAUAAAGAAAACAGUGGCUGCCCUGCCCAAUGGAGGAGCUGGUCCUGUCAAGGCAGCUGAGCGGGAACUAAAGUUGGUUGCCUCGAAAACCGAGAUUGAAAAGCCCGAGGUGUUGCUGAAGGCGCAACGACUUAACUAGAGAAGCAAAGUAUAUAUCCUGAAUGAAAAGAAUACCUUAAAUAGCUUACCUUAACUACAAUGAAGAGAUUCCAUAAAGAAGGUUCUUGUAUUCCAAGAUGAACAGCACAAAUCAACGAUUACCUUCAAAAUAAUUCAUAAAUAUAUAUACAAAAUGUACACUUUUAUUUUUUGUUAGAAACGACAGAAAAGGACAAUAAUCUUUAUAUAUAUAUAUGUAUCAGCUUAUUAAAUGUAUAAGAUAUGUAACCUUUGAUUCAAAAUAAUGAGUGUAUUGUCCUGUCUUCUUACUCUAUAUGAUUAUUGUCAAGUUAAAAGUUGAAUAACCGACAUAUAUAUUUGAUUUACGAUGAUGCUUUUGAUACCUUUUUGUGGAUCUAUUAUACCGAUUACUUAUACAAAUAUAUAUGACAUGAUAUGAUGGCCAUUGUA